ACCCAAAUUGCAAUCUUUGUUUCUCUCUCUUCUCCCACUCUCUCUCAAAAAAUAUCUAACAAAUUACACAAAAUUUCUCAUCCUAACAGUCAUGCCCCUCCAUUCACCGUUCACCCAGAGAAUCCCAUAAAAACAACCACAGUACCAUCAUCAACAACAACAACACAAAAAACGUCAAAAACAGAUUAAUCCAAUAGCCUCCUUCCUUGGCUCCUCCUCCUCCUCCUCCUCCUCCUCCUCCUCACCACUAUUUCAUCUCUUCUAACUCUCUCUCUCCUUGGAGUUAUUGUCAUAGCCAGGAAUCAGUUAUAACCAACAACCCUAAAGUGUUGAGGAGACAGCACAGUAGAGGAGGAACAGCAAAGGGUAUAGAGAGGUAACAGUAGAACACAGGAGAGCACCAUGUCCCUUGAAGAGUCUCUAGGAACUCUAUCCCGGGACUACCUCAACCUUCUCAUCAACGGCCAAGCCUUCAGCGACGUCACUUUCAGCGUGGAGGGACGUUUGGUCCACGCGCACCGCUGCAUACUCGCGGCCAGAAGCCUCUUCUUCAGGAAAUUCUUCUGUGGGCCGGACCCCCCAUCUGGGCUGGACCCGGCUGGGCCCCGUGUGAACUCGGGCGCGUCGAGGUCCGGGGUCAUCCCUGUUAACUCGGUGGGCUACGAGGUGUUCUUGCUCAUGUUGCAGUUCCUCUACAGUGGACAAGUCUGUAUCGUUCCCCAGAAGCACGAGGCAAGGCCUAAUUGCGGGGAGCGAGGCUGCUGGCACACGCAUUGCACCUCAGCCGUUGAUCUCGCACUCGACACCCUCGCUGCCGCUAGAUACUUUGGCGUUGAACAGCUCGCAUCGCUCACUCAGAAACAACUAGCGAGCAUGGUGGAGAAGGCUUCAAUCGAGGAUGUAAUGAAAGUGCUGCUAGCGUCGAGAAAGCAAGACAUGCAGCAACUGUGGACCACUUGUUCUCACCUCGUAGCAAAGUCAGGUCUUCCCCCUGAGGUUCUCGCCAAGCACCUCCCAAUAGACAUUGUCGCAAAGAUCGAAGAGCUUCGUCUCAAAUCCUCCCUAGCACGCCGCUCCUUAAUGCCCCACCAUCACUCACACCACCACCACCACUCCCACUACCACCACCACGACCUCGGCGCCGCCGCCGACCUCGAAGAUCAAAAAAUCCGUCGAAUGAGAAGAGCCUUGGACUCCUCCGAUGUCGAACUGGUAAAACUCAUGCUAAUGGGGGAAGGCCUCAACCUCGACGAAGCAUUGGCCCUACCCUAUGCGGUUGAGAAUUGCAGCAGAGAAGUGGUGAAAGCGUUGCUAGAACUUGGUGCAGCUGAUGUUAACUACCCCGCUGGACCCAACGGAAAAACCCCACUUCACAUUGCGGCGGAGAUGGUGUCGCCGGAUAUGGUGGCGGUGCUGCUUGACCAUCACGCCGACCCCAAUGUCCGAACAGUGGACGGUGUUACCCCUUUGGACAUCCUCAGAACCCUAACCUCGGAUUUCCUCUUCAAAGGUGCUGUCCCUGGACUAACCCACAUCGAACCCAACAAGCUUAGGUUGUGCUUGGAGCUUGUUCAAUCCGCUGCUCUAGUCAUGUCACGUGAAGAAGGCAAUGCCAACAACAACAAUGUUCCUACUUCUACAACGCCCAUAUACCCUCCUCCCAUGAACGAGGAGCACAAUAGCAGUAGUAGCAGUGGCAACAACAACAACAUUGGUAACCUCAACUUGGAUUCCAGGUUGGUGUAUCUCAACCUGGGUGCCACGGUGGGUUCGGCUCAAAUGAGUUCCAGGUUGGACGGUGCUGAUGAUGACAGAGAAGCCUUGAACCCAACCAUGUACCACCACUCUCAUGACUUCUAGUCUAGCUAGCUUCCCCAAAACUUUCAUAUAGAUAUUACUGAUUUAUAAUUUAAACUUGUUUCAAUUGCCUUGAGUGAUGGGAAAUGGAAAAUUUUAAGGAGAAGGAGAGGGAGGUUAAUUGCUCGUGAAGGAUGCUUGAUAAUGGACACUAUCGGAUGGGUGGGUGAAUUUGAAGCAUAAGAAAAGAAGACUCUUCUUUUGUCAGUUGAAAUAGACUGGUAUUCACUGCACUUCUGAAUUUUCUGUUUUGGGUCUCUAGUAUUUUGUUGGGUUUUUCCAUUUUUCUUUCUGGGAUUUGUUUUUAGGCCUUUGAAAUGGUCACCAUUUGAAGUGCGGUUUCAUGGGAGAUUGGGAUAAGAGACAGGGCGAAUCUAAUCGGUUUAAUUUUAUUUUAUAUUUUUUUUUCUGUGAACGAAAGGGUGCAUGGAGGAGACGCAGGUCAAUCUUUUCAAAUCCUCCUUCACCUGUCAACUCCUUAAUUUGUAUUUACUGAUCCGUAGCUAAUAUCACGGCCUAUUUAUUGUGAUCCCUUUGCAAUUUCAAAUUAUCUUGUCCCACCCCCACUUUUCUCAUAACCCCCAAUUAUUUACAUUUUGUUUACCAUCUUCCUGUGAUGUGGGGGGUUUCUUGUGUUUUUUUUUUUCCUGAUUUAAUUUUUCGAAGGUUUGUUUGAAUUUCUCUUCCUUCGGAUGCAUAUUCGUUAGUUAAGAGAUGAUAUAGGGCUGUCCCUUCUCUUCUGCUCCCACCUAAUAUAUUAUGUUCUAUUCCUUCUAACAUUUUGUAGUCCUUUGGAGCGAUUCAUUGGCUAUUUGUUUUGGGCUUUAUUAUUCUAAUAAAAAUCAUGUGGCUGUGGACAAAUUGAUUGGUUGUCUUGCAUGAAUGCAACAAUGAGUGUGACUACACAUGUCAAGUUAAAAAAUUGGCACUAUCACCUUCCAUGUAAUCCUCUUCUUGUCCCCCUUGCCCUUUUUAGGUCUCCUUUAGACAAAACAAAAAUGAAAACUUACAGCUAAAACCAUAUUAUAUUACUAAUCAUUUCUUUAAUUAUUACCAUAUGUUGUGUCUAAAUUCAUCGGAUGUUGGU